UUAACAUUCAACGACAAGUCUACAAGCGUGGACUCAAAUUCUAAUUACAAAACAUGAAUAAAGUUUGGAAUUCCCAUUCAAUUAUCUCCCAAUUUCUACGCACUCAGUUCGAAUUCACAAUUCUGCAGUUGUCUUAAACACCCGACUUGACAUACAACAAUGGUGGAAAAACCCUACAGUGUGUAAUGAGUACAGAGAAUCCAAAACGACACUUUAUUCCGUUUUCAAGCUUCGUAAAACGCAUUUGGGAUGCCCCUAACAGCAUUGUGAGAAUGGAGGUCCAGGACGAAAUCACGUUAAACCCAUUAAAAAGAUGUUUUGAAGACAUGGACUCCAAGCCCCAAACAGGCGAUGAAACCUCUAUACCUAGCGAAUAUGAGAGGAAGGUGUAUGAAGUGGCAAUGAGGAGGAAUACAAUAGCAGUGUUGGAGAAUGGGGCUGGGAAAACCUCGAUACAAACUAUGAUGAUCAAAGAAAUUGGGAAAACUUUAAAGAAAAAUAAGGGUGAAAAAAAGUUGAUUAUUUUCCUAACACCCACUGUUUCUCUUGUUCAUCGGCAAUACGAGGAGAUAAAAUCUCACACAGAGCUUGAAGUGGAAGAAUACUACGGAGCCAAAGGGGUUGAUGAGUGGAAUGUCAAGACUUGGGAGAAGGAAGUUAAUGAGCAUGAUGUGUUGGUUAUGACACCUCAAGUUUUGUUAAAUGCUUUAAGGAAGGGAUUCUUGAGUUUUCAAGUAUUAUGUUUUAUUAUUCUAGAUGAAUGCCAUUUUGCUACCCGUAAACAUCCUUAUGCAAAGAUUAUGAAGGAAUUUUAUCACAAAUCUUCCAACCGGCCCAAGAUUUUUGGGAUGACAGCUUCUCCUGGGAUCAGAAAUGGCGUCUUUUCCAACGGAGAAUGUCAGGAUCACAUUUCGGAGCUUGAAAGUCUCUUAGAUUCCCAGGUAUAUACAAUCGAGGACAGGGUGGAAAGGAAAGAAUUCAUCCUCAUGGCAAACCAGAAUUCCAGACUUUAUGAUCCAGCCACAUCUUCCAAUUUGGAAUUAAAAGAGGAAUUAGAAUCCUCACGUUCUAAGGUAUAUACAAUUGAGGACAGGAUGGAACCGAAAGAAUUCAUCCCCUUGGCAAACCAGAAUUGCAGACUUUAUGAUCAGGAUUUGCCUUCCAAUUUGGAAUUGAAAAAGAAAUUAGAAUCGUCCUGUUCUAAGGUAUAUACGAAUGAGGACAGGACGAAACUGAAAGAAUUCAUCCCCAUGGCAAAGCAGAAUAUUCUGUUUUGCCUUGAAAAUCUCGGGCUUCUUUGUGCUCACGAGGCUGUUAAAGUCUGUCUUGAAAAUGCUCCAGAUGUUCAGAAAGAAUGUGUAUUUUACCGUGAAGGAGCUUUGCGUUGUGUAUAUUUUCUUGAAGAAGUGUUGUCAACAUUUGAAGAAUCAUUGCCAGAAGAUCAUGAGAAACUUCAGGAUGUUCGUUAUAGUGGUUUGGAGGCUAUUGCCAGGGGCCAAAUAUCUUCAAAGCUGCACGAGCUUCUCGAAAUUUUUAGAUCAUUCGAGAAAGCUAGAGAAGUCUCGUGCAUCAUAUUUGUUGAAAGAAUAAUUACUGCUAAAGUAAUUGAAAGAUUCUUAAAGAAAAAUACAGACUUGUCACAUCUUACUGUUUCAUGGUUGACUGGAAGUAACUCUUCAGGUGAUGAACUUGCUCUAAAAAUACAAAGAGAAACCCUGGAAUCAUUCCAAUGCGGGAAAGUCAAUCUUUUGUUCGCUACUGGCAAUGUUGAGGAGGGAAUGCAGGUGCCCAAAUGUUCCUCUGUAAUAAGCUUUGAUAUACCAGAGUCAGUCCGUAGGUUUGUUUGGUCAAAGAGCCGAGCUUGUCAAGAUGAUUCACAAUAUAUCUUGAUGCUAGAGAGGGGAAACAAAAAUCAAAUAGAUAAAAUGUUUAAUCUUGUUCAGAGUGAGUAUUCUAUGACUGAUAAAGCCAUAACAAGAGACACUGAUGGUUCUUUUACAAAAGCUUCUGCUACAAAGGAAGUACCUGCAUACAUUGUGGAGGUGACUGGAGCAUCAGUAGCUGCAAAUUCUAGCAUCAGCCUUGUACAUAGAUAUUGUGACAAACUCCCUAGAGAAAAUAACGUCAUUCUCAAGCCAACUUUUGAGUGCUUCCAGGAGGGGAGCUUUUAUAGAUGUAAACUGGUUCUGCCACCCAGUGCACCCUUUCAAACUAUCAUCGGUCCUGAAUCUGGAAGCCGGCAUUUAUCCAAACAACUUGUUUGCUUGGAUGCAUGUAAGAAGUUGCACAUGAUGGGGGCUCUCAACGAUCAUCUUCUUCCUGUCAAUGAAGAGCCUCCACAGAAUGAUUCCACCCUGAAAGGCAAAGUGUUAACUUCUGGUGCAGGAACAACGAAGAGGAAGGAAUUACAUGGGACAACCUGUGUGCGCAAGUUGUCUGGGAACUGGGGAGAUAAAGAUGAUGGUGCCUGUUUUCACGCAUACAAAAUGGAAUUCUCUUGUAGCAUUGCUGAAGUGCAUUAUUCCAGUUUUCUUCUCUUACUUGAAUCAAAGUUGGAUGAUGAUGUGGGAAACAACCAAGUGGAUCUAUUCUUGCUCAAAAAGUUUGUUAGAUGUUUUGUUUCUUUCCAUGGUGAACUAUAUCUGGAUUCUCAGCAGGUGGCAAAAGCAAAAUGCUUCCAGGAGCUAUUUUUCAAUGGUUUAUUCGGAAAAUUGUAUGUCAAAUUAUCAGGGAAAAAAAGAUUUUUACUUGAGACCAAGGAAUCAUUAUGGGAUCCUCUAAAUAUGUAUUUGCUUUUACCCCUGGAGUCAGUAGACAAACCUACUGGCAAACCACUGGAUAUCAAUUGGACUGGAAUUGAAUCUUGUGUUUCGGUGGUGGAAUUUUUGAAGAAAAAUGCUUGGCUAAAAAUUCUUGAACCGAAGGAUGAUUGUGAAAAUUCUCUAAUUCACUCGAAUGAUUCAGUUACAACUAAAUUCAAUGGCCAUGUCAUUGAGUUGGCCAAUAAAUCUGUUCCCGUAGACAGCCUCAAGGAAAUGGUGGUUGUGGCCAUCCAUACUUGCAGAAUUUAUUCUAUUGUGCAUGCCGUUGAUAACACAUCCGCUGAAAGCCCAUUUGAAGCAGAAGAUACCAAUUUUCUGUCAUAUGCUGAUUAUUUUCACAAAAAGUAUGGAAUUGUUUUAAAGCAUCCUGAACAGCCUCUGUUGCUUCUGAAGCAAAGCCAUAACUCACACAAUCUUCUUGUGGAUUUCAGUAAGGAAGGUGGAAAUAAAUCCAAAAAUAAAUGGACAGCUGGUGUAGAACAACAACAUGCUCACAUGCCGCCAGAACUUUUAGUAGGCACUGAUAUUAGGACCGACAUCUUGAAGCCAUUCUACCUUCUGCCCUCAAUAAUGCACCGACUGGAAUCUCUGAUGUUGGCCAGCCAGCUUAGAGAUGAAAUUGCAGGCCCUGCUGGCGACUUACAUAUAACAAGCUCCUUGAUUCUGGAAGCUCUCACUACUCUAAGAUGUAAUGAAAGUUUUUCCAUGGAGCGCUUGGAGUUGCUUGGAGAUUCAGUUUUGAAGUAUACUGUUAGCUGCCACCUUUUUCUUAAGGAUUCCAAGCUUCAUGAAGGACAAUUAUCUAGUCGUCGUUCAAGGGCUGUUUGUAAUGCAACUCUACAUAAAUUGGGAACUAAUCGCACCUUGCAGGAAUACAUACGUGAUUGUGCAUUUGAUCCGCGUCAGUGGACUGCUUCCGGACAACGUUCUAUCUGGCGUUCUCCAUGUGAUCAUGGGGUGGAUACCAGGGAAGUGCCCAUGGAUGAUAAAUUCGUAACUGAAGAUGAAAAACUAGUUGUUGGAAAGAGUUGUGAUAAAGGACAUCGGUGGAUGGGUUCAAAAACCGUCUCUGAUUGUGUUGAAGCACUUAUUGGGGCAUACUAUGUAGGCGGCGGCUUGAAUGCCGCUUUUCAGUUGAUGAAAUGGUUCAGCAUAGGUGCUGAAGUUGAGCCUUCGUGGGUAGAUGAUGUUAUUAAAACAGCAUCACUCCGUUCUUAUACCCCAAAAGCUAAAGAUCUUAAAUUACUAGAGUCAAAAAUUGGUUAUGAAUUCUCCGUGAAGGGAUUGUUGCUAGAAGCCAUAACACAUGAACACGAGCAAGGUGUUGACUACUGUUACCAGAGGCUUGAAUUUCUAGGCGACUCAGUGUUGGACAUACUUGUUACGUGGCAUCUUUACCUAAGUCACCCAGAUGUUGAUCCGGGGGAGUUGACAGACUUGAGGGCUGCCUCCGUUAGUAAUGACAAUUUUGCCAUUGCUGCUGUUAAACAUAAUCUUUACUCGCACCUUCAACAUGGAUUUUCAAGUCUUGGAAGUCAAAUAUCAGAAUAUGUAAAGUCCACAUCAGAUUUAAGCAAAACCUCAAUAUUAACUCAAGCCAUAAAAGCUCCUAAGGUACUUGGGGACUUGGUGGAAAGCAUCGCCGGUGCAAUGCUUAUAGACACCAACCUUGAUAUAAAUAAAGUCUGGAAAGUCUUUAAGCCGCUAUUGUCUCCAAUAGUGACUCCUGAUAAUCUAGAACUUCCUCCAUGUCGUGAAUUGAUUGAAUUAUGUGACUCUCUUGGCUACUUUAUUAAAGUCAACUAUACGCUGAAAGGGAACACAAUGAAUGCAGAACUUAAGGUACAACUUGAAGAUGUGAUGUUGCUUGGACAUGGAUCAGGACAUGACAGGAAAGCUGCAAAGGGUAUGGCAGCUGUUGAUCUGUUGAAACAAUUGGAGGGAAGAGGAAUUGUAUCUUCCAAGCGGAAAAAGCUAGGGACCAAUGAUGUUGAUGAUUCUUCCCGAGGCUUAGAUGGCAUUAUCAUUAGCCAGACACACAAUCAAACUUCUGAACCGCCACAAAAAAAGCUGAAGUUUGUCACCCCAGUUAUGCCACCUAUUAACAUGAACAAAGGAGGACCUCGGUCCUCACUUUUUGACCUCUGCAAAAGGCUACAAUGGCCAUUGCCUACUUUCCAGACAUACGAGGAAAAAUCCAAAACUCCAUUUAUAAUUGGUGACAAGAAAGGCUUCAAUAAGUUUGAAUCACGUAUCAAAUUGAUUAUUCCCGACUUCGGUGUUAUAGAGUUGACAGGCGAGGGAAGAACAGAUAAGAAGGCUUCAUUUGAUUCCGCUGCACUUCUCAUGCUUUAUGAACUCGAGAGACAGGAAAAGGUCAUCAUAAGCGAAGAAUGAUCCUCUGUGAUAGCUGAUAGGACGAUGUUUUAUCUAUCUAUGUAUAUAUUUUGGUACAAAAAAUUCAACUUUCUUGUGCGCUUAUUUCCAAGUUUGAAACGGAAUUUCUGGGGAUGUUCCAAUGUUUCGUAGUUUUGAACACCAACUCUUUUCUACUUGCAAAAUCAAUAGAUAAUUCAACAUUUCAGAGUGUCUAGAA